GCGAGGUGUUGGCGGGGAGACCGGAGAGGACGGAGGCUACCGGGUCACCAAUGCUAGGGGAAAUUUAGCUCUCCAGAAAUAUCGAAAAGCGGCUAAGUUUGAUUCAGAAUGCGUCCCUAACCCACUGGGCUUUCUUCAAAAGGGAGCAAACCAAACCUUCUGGUAUAAGCUUUGCUAUUUUUCUAUUCCUGGAGAGCUUAAUGCGCCUCGUUUCCAAACAUGAUCGGGAGCGGACUGUUCGUUUUGAUUCUAAUGUCCAACUGCGUUCUUUCAUUGCCAGUGACUUCAAGUCAGCUGGAGAAUGAGGACGUAAAGGUGAUGAAAUGCAUCAUAGAAGCACUGGCAGAUGUGCUAUCAAGGCCUCAUCCCGUACCUGUGAGUGAGGACUGUCUGGCCACACUGAGGGCAGACAACAGGCUUGUUACUAUCCUUCGUCAUCAUAACUUUCUGAAGGAGCUGCAGGAGAUCGGUGUUCACGGUGGCCAAGAGAGAGCUCAGCUGCGAAGUGGUGCUGAUACACCUGCCCCAACAGCACAAGCUCCCCAGAGGACAGAUGCUGCCGCUGAUCGAUCCAUGCUGGAGGCUUUAGGAGGCCCCGGUGAGAGGUCCCUUCUGGCCCAGAAGAGGAGGACAGGAGGUGGGGGUGAAGAGAAAGAAAAUAAUGAGCGCCUGAGAGAUGGAGUGUCACAGCAGGACAGUGACAUUGCUGAAGAGGCACAGGUGAAGAGGGAAAAUGAUGAGAGCCUUGGAAGUCACAUCUCUCAGUAUGUGGAUGAGUGGAAUGAGGACAAGCCUGAAAAUAGGGAAGAGGAAGAAGAAGAAGAGGAAGAAGAAGAGGACUAUGAAGAGAAGAGAGCAAAUUCAGAGGAGGAAAGCAUGACCAAGGAUAGGAAUGGGGCUGGAUCUGAUGAAAAGAGAGACGCACCCAAAUACAAAUCAAAAGUGAAGAAAUAUGAUGAGGAGGAGAAUAACAAGAGAUUUGCACCUUUCUCACGCAAUCAAGAGGAGGAGGAGGAGGAGGAGAAGGAAAGUGAGAUGAAGACAGGGAGCAGGGAGAGCCUGGAGCGAGCGACCAGGAGGGGUAACAGGAUGCGACUGAAGAAAAAAACAGGUGUACCACAUCAUUCGAAAGAGGUCACAGAAAAAGAGGAGGAGAAGAAGAAAAGAGACCCUGGGAGGACUCCAGAGGAGAAGGAGCUGCAGAUGAUUGCUCAGAGGGCACCAGAGGAGAGGAGGGUGUCAGAGGAAGAGGGGAGUGCCAGCAGAAAGUUAGAGGAGUCAGAGAUUGAAAGCCUGGCAGCCAUUGAGUCAGAGCUCGAGAACGUUGCCCAGAAACUCCAUGAGCUGCGGCAAGGCUGAGCGAGAGCCUGGUACAAAGUUGACACUGCAACCUCCUCUGCCUCCUCGUCCUCCUCCGCUUUACCAACUGCCUGGUUUCCACAGAUAGAGCGUGUGAAAAUGUGACAAGAUUUUAUCUUUUGCUAUUUUUCUUGAGGAAGCCCACUUGCGCCAGACUGCUGCAGCCUCCUUUGUGACAUUUUGUCCCUCACGUAGAGUAGAACAGUAGAUACACAUUGCAGCUAGACAUGCAUACUAAAACGCACACGUUUUGUGCAGACAUGCAUACAUACAUGUAUAUACUGUAGGCCUAUAUAUUCAGAAUGCAUAGCAAGACUCCGGAAGCAAAAACCUUUGUCAAGUUGACAGCUUGUUUCCUUCGUUUCCUCUUUCCUCUGACAAUCAUCUUUCUUUUCUGCAAAUGUAUCUUUCCUGCUUUUCAGAUUAUUUUAACACUACACAUCGAUUUAUGUGACCAACCAGAUCCAGGAAUACACACGCCACCAUGGUGACGUUGUACAGUAAUGGCAUAUAUACAUGUACAAAGCUCCUUCUCAUAUGCUUACUUGUAAGGAAGAAGAAGAAUACAUAGAUGCUUACAUAUUACUAUAGAUACAGUUGACUCAAAUCAAUCCAAGGCAAUAAGUGAACAUUUUUAGCAGAUAAUCUAAAACUGCACUGAAUUUAUGUAGGAAAAUAAUUAAAUUGAAUAGGUUAUCUGGAAGUCUCUGUUUGGUACAGGUAAUCCUUUUAAUGCCACUAAAAUAAGUAUUUGUAUAUUAGAAUUAAUGCAAUAAACUGAAUA